AUGGCAUCACGGUCGAUCAAGGACACCGCGCUGUCCGCGCAGCGAACCACCAAAGCGGCCAUGGAGAACCCGGCCGCCGCCACUACCACUGUCCUCCACCAUCCCUACAUGCGGGCCGCGCUUCCCUUCAUCAACGGUGGCCUCGCCGGCAUGACCGCGACUGUGGUCAUUCAACCCGUUGACAUGGUCAAGGUUCGUCUGCAGCUCGCCGGUGAGGGGGCCCGUACAGGUCCUCGGCCCUCUGCACUCGGCAUCACCAAGGAGAUCAUUGCCUCGGGCAAAGUAAUGGACUUGUACACCGGACUCUCUGCGGGCCUCCUGCGUCAAGCCGUGUACACGACCGCUCGUCUCGGCUUUUUUGAUACCUUCAUCAAGAAACUCAACAAGCGUGCCGAGGGCCAAGGACGCAAGAUCACCUUUACUGAACGCGCCGCCGCGGGUCUCUCGGCCGGUGGCAUUGCCGCGAUGAUUGGCAACCCAGCCGAUCUGGCCCUUGUGCGUAUGCAAUCCGACGGGUUGAAGCCACCUGCGGCUCGUGCCAACUACCGCUCCGUGUUCGAUGCCCUGGUCCGCAUCUCCAAGCAGGAAGGACUCGCGGCUUUAUGGUCGGGGGCUUUGCCUACCGUGGUGCGCGCCAUGGCCCUCAACAUGGGCCAGCUGACUUUCUUCGCCGAGAGCAAGGCUCAGUUGAAGCAACACACCAGUCUUUCGCCACAGACCACCACCUUUGCCGCAUCCGCGAUCGCGGGAUUUUUCGCCAGUUUCCUCUCAUUGCCAUUUGACUUUGUCAAGACUCGACUGCAGAAGCAACAAAAGGAUCCAGCCACGGGCAAGCUGCCAUAUCGUGGAGUCCUCGACUGUGCCAAGAAGGUGGUUCAGGAAGAGGGGUGGAUGCGCUUCUACCGGGGAUUCGGCACUUAUUACGUGCGGAUCGCACCCCAUGCGAUGGUCACUUUGAUUGUGGCCGACUAUCUCAACCUGAUCACCAAAUAG